AUGCGAUUGACACUCAGGCGGGCAUGUCUCGUUCGCGCUCGGUGCGUGCAGUGCCGGGAGGAGGCUGCGGGCGCCGCUGUUGACCGAGAGGAGCGAGAGGAAGGUCGGAGCGCUGCAGCCCCGCCCGCUGCGGCCCGGCUCGAUCGCUGGAUUCCUANGCGCUUGUCGCUGGCCGGCGCCGCCUUCCCGGCCGACUUCUGCGAGGGCACCUUGCCCUACUCCUACAACCUGUGCGUGGCGGCGCCGCCCCGCGCCACCCCCGAGGCCGCUUGGCCGCCGCCGCCGCUGUCCAUCGUGCCCGCGGAGGAGCUUGUGGCCGGGGAGCCCUGUGAGAAGCCGAGCUCGAGCAGCAGCACCGUCGCUGGAGAGCCACCCACCGACCCCGACGCUCCGCAGGUCUGCGUUGCCAACCGGCACUUCCUGCCUCGUGAGGUGUCACAGAUGUCGGCUCACUGCUGCGACACCCUGCCGGCCCGGCCGCCGCCCGACGAGCCCGCGCCGCUGCUCGGAGACGAGGAUCCUGCCGGUGCCCAGCAGGCGGACCCCGCCCCUCUCCCGUCCUCGGUCUUCUGUACAGGCUCGCUGGUGGGGCCGCUGGCCCGGGACCUGGGGCUCAGCGCCGACGAGCUGCCGGCGCGCAAGCUGCGGCUCAGCGCGGACAAGCAAUACUUCACGGUGAGCGAGACAAACGGGAACCUGUACGUGAGCGAGAGGCUGGACCGGGAGGAGCUGUGCGGGAAGUCGUUAUCCUGCUCGGUCAGCUUCGAGGCGCUGGUGCACAACCCGCUCAACGUUUUCCACGUCGAGGUGUCCAUUGAGGACGUGAAUGACAACUCCCCGGUCUUCAGCAAGGCUGCUCUGGAACUAGAGAUCACAGAAUUAACUCUUCCCGGUGCUCGUUUCCCCCUGGAGAUGGCCCGAGAUGCAGACGUGGGCAGCAACUCGCUGCUGACUUAUGAGCUCAGCAGCAACCCGUCCUUCAGUCUGGCCUUGAAGGAAAACACGGGUGGAAUGAAGCAGCCCACACUAGUGCUGGAGAGAGCACUGGACAGGGAGAAGCAGAGCUUCUUUGAGCUGGUGCUGAUUGCAGUGGAUGGUGGGGACCCCGCGAGGUCCGGGACUGUUCAGGUUCGUGUCAACGUGACGGACGCCAACGACAACCCGCCCGUAUUCAGCAAAAGCAUCUACGAGGCGCGUGUGGCCGAGAACCUGCCGGCGGGGUCGCUGGUGAUGCAGGUGCGGGCCACGGAUGCGGACGCGGGCUCCAAUGGGCGGGUCACUUACUCCUUCGGCAACGUCCCGGCCGGGAUCCGUGAAUUGUUUGCUGUUGACAGCGAGAACGGCGAGGUCAGGACUGCGGUUCUCCUCGAUUUCGAGGAGCAAAGUCAAUACAGCUUCGCCCUUGAGGCGAGGGACGGUGGUGGUCUGACCGGUCACUGUCAAGUGCAGAUAGACAUCACGGACGAGAAUGACAACGCGCCUGAGAUCACGAUUCUGUCGCUAUCGAGCCCGGUGCCUGAAGACUCACCAGCCAGGACCGUGGUUGCCCUGCUGAACGUGCGGGACCGGGACUCCGGCGAGAACGGUGAGGUGUCGUGCGAGCUGUCGGGAGAGGCGCCGCUGUCGAUCGUGGCGUCGUCGGGCGGCUCGUACAAAGUGGUGACGGCGAGCGCGCUGGACCGCGAGCAGGCGUCCGAGCACCGCGUGACGGUGGUGGCCCGGGACCGGGGCAGCCCGGCACUGUCGAGCAGCACGGAGCUGGUGCUGGAGGUGUCGGACGUGAACGACAACGCGCCCGUGUUCAGCCAGGCGGAGUACACGGUGCGUGUGCCGGAGGACGUGCCCGUGGGCUCCGUCCUAGUCAAAGUCACGGCCACCGACGCCGACGAGGGUCUCAACGGGCACGUGAAAUAUUCGAUGAAGAAACCGAUGGACAUGGCAUCGGAUUUUUUCCACGUGGACUACGAGUCUGGAGCGAUCACGCUAUUGCGAAGCCUGGACUUCGAGGAAGGCGACUUCUACGAACUGGAGGUACAGGCACGUGAUGACGGCGAUCAUUUUGACACGGCGAAAGUCGCUAUCACUGUCGCAGAUAUAAAUGAUAAUGUGCCAGAAAUUUCGCUGCGGUCGGCUCUGAGUGAGAUUUCUGAGGACGCCCCAUCAGGGACAGUGGUGGCCCUGCUACAAGUGCAAGACCAGGACUCGGGGGCCAACGGCGAGGUACGCUGCUCGCUCGACAAGGGAGUCCCGUUCCGAUUGGAGAGCUCGCAGGGCAGCUACUACCGCGUGGUGACAGCGAGAGAGCUGGACCGGGAGCAGGAGUCGGAGUACAACGUGACGGUGCGGGCGGCCGACGGCGGUCGUCCGUCGCUGCAGAGCAGCAGGGUGCUGUGGCUGCGGGUGCUGGACGUGAACGACAACGCGCCGGUGUUCUUGCAGGAGCGCUACAGCGCUCGGCUGUCGGAGAACAACGUGGCGGGCGCGCUGGUGCUGCGGGUGCGGGCGACGGACUCGGACUGGGGGGAGAACGCGCGCGUGCGGUACCGGCUGGGGGAGGGUGGUGUGCGGGGCUCGGCGCUGUCGUCGUACGUGUCGGUGCAGGCGGAGACGGGCGCGCUGUACGCGCUGCGCUCGUUCGAUUACGAGGAGGUGCGCGAGGUGGGGCUGUGGGUGUGGGCGGAGGACGGCGCUGCUGCGACACCCUGCCGGCCCGGCCGCCGCCCGACGAGCCCGCGCCGCUGCUCGGAGACGAGGAACCUGCCGGUGCCCAGCAGGCGGACCCCGCCCCUCUCUCGACCCCAGCGCCGUUGCAGCCCCAGCCCGGCCCCAAGUUGGUCCCCGCCGAGCGCGGCCGUGAGGCGGCUGCAGUGUCGUGUCGGCGCCUCCGGGUGCCGCUGUUGGGCCGCCGCCGAGCGUUGCUGGAGCCGCCGCCGCCGCCGCCUGUGCGUGCUGUCCCCGCAGGCUGCUCGCUCGGCCGGGCAGUGCGGGCCAGAGCGGCANAAGCUGCGGGUGGCGUCUGCCGGCAAAAAGCAGCUGAAAUACUUCACGGUGAGCGAGACAAACGGGAACCUGUACGUGAGCGAGAGGCUGGACCGGGAGGAGCUGUGCGGCGAGUCGGCGUCCUGCUCGGUCAGCUUCGAGGCGCUGGUGCACAACCCACUAAAUGUUUUCCGUGUUGAAGUGGCCAUUGAAGACGUGAAUGACAACUCCCCGGUCUUCAGCAAGGCUGUUUUGGACCUCGAGAUCGGUGAAUGGACUCAGCCAGGUGCCCGUUUUCCUCUGGAGGCGGCUCAAGACGCAGACGCCGGAAAGAACUCGCUGCUGAGUUACGAUCUCACCAGUAACCCGUCCUUCUCUCUAGCCCUGAAGGAGAGGCCAGGUGGAAAAAAGCAACCGGAAUUAGUGCUGGAGAGAGCAUUGGACCGGGAGAAGCAGAGUUCCUUUGAGCUAGUGCUGACGGCAGUGGAUGGUGGGGAUCCCUCGAGGUCCGGGACUGUUCAGGUUCGUGUCAACGUGACAGACGCCAACGACAACCCGCCCGUGUUCAGCAAAAGUGUCUACGAUGCGCGAGUGGCCGAGAAUCUCCCGGCAGGUUCGCUGGUGCUGCAGGUGCGGGCCACGGAUGCGGACGCGGGGUCCAAUGGGCGGGUCUCCUACUCCUUCGGCAACGCCCCGGCCGGGAUCCGCGAGUUGUUCUCUGUCGACAGCGAGAGCGGCGAGAUCACGACCGCGGGACCCCUCGAUUUCGAGGAGAAGAGUAAAUACAGCUUCGAACUGGAGGCGAAGGACGGGGGCGGGCUUACCGAUCACUGCGAACUGCGGAUAGACAUCACGGACGAGAACGACAACGCGCCUGAGAUCACGAUUUUGUCGCUGUCAAGCCCCGUGUCCGAGGACGCGCCGACCGGCACGGUCGUUGCUCUCCUCAACGUCCAUGAUCCAGACUCCGGCGAGAACGGUGAGGUGUCGUGCGAGCUGUCGGGAGAGGCGCCGCUGUCGAUCGUGGCGUCGUCGGGCGGCUCGUACAAAGUGGUGACGGCGAGCGCGCUGGACCGCGAGCAGGCGUCCGAGCACCGUGUGACGGUGGUGGCCCGGGACCGGGGCAGCCCGGCGCUGCAGGGCGGGCAUGUCUCGUUCGCGCUCGGUGCGUGCAGUGCCGGGAGGAGGCUGCGGGCGCCGCUGUUGACCGAGANCGCUUGGCCGCCGCCGCCGCUGCCCAUCGUGCCCGCGGAGGAGCUUGUGGCCGGGGAGCCCUGCGAGAAGCCGAGUCUGAGCAGCAGCGCCGUCGUGGAACAGCCGCCCGCCGACCCCGAAACACUUCAGGGCGGGCACUGCUCGUUCGCGCUCGGUGCGUGCAGUGCCGGGAGGAGGCUGCGGGCGCCGCUGUUGACCGAGAGGAGCGAGAGGAAGGUCGGAGCGCUGCAGCCCCGCCCGCUGCGGCCCGGCUCGAUCGCUGGAUCGCUGGAUUCCUGGGUCGGGAAACGGUUGGUUUCCGAUCUCUCCCGCGGUGCGGAGCCGUGCUAUAGUGAGGCAGAGGAGCGGGCGGCAGCAGCCGAGAGUGCCAAGUCGGAACGGGAAAAAGAGCCGGAUCGGCGGGCGGCGGCUGGGGUCUGUCUGCGGUGCCGGCGCUGCUGCGACACCCUGCCGGCCCGGCCGCCGCCCGACGAGCCCGCGCCGCUGCUCGGAGAGGAGGAACCUGCCGGCCCCCAGCAGGCGGACCCCGCCGCUCUUCCGCUGAAAUACUUCACGGUGAGCGAGACAAACGGGAACCUGUACGUGAGCGAGAGGCUGGACCGGGAGGAGCUGUGCGGCGAGUCGUUGUCCUGCUCGGUCAGCUUCGAGGCGCUGGUGCACAACCCGCUCAACGUUUUCCACGUCGAGGUGGCCAUUGAGGAUGUGAACGACAACUCCCCGGCCUUCAGGAAGGCUGUUUUGGACCUCGAGAUCGGUGAAUGGACGGUUCCCGGUGCUCGUUUUCCCCUUGAGAUGGCGCGAGAUGCGGACGUGGGCAGCAACUCACUGCUGACUUAUGAGCUCAGCAGCAACCCCUCCUUCAGUCUGUCCAUGAAGGAGAGGCAAGCCGGAAAGAAGCAGCCGGAAUUAGUGCUGGAGAGAGCGUUGGACCGGGAGAAGCAGGGCUCCUUUGAGUUGGUGCUGACGGCAGUGGAUGGUGGGGACCCAGCGAGGUCUGGGACUGUCCAGAUUCGUGUCAACGUGUCUGAUGCCAACGACAACCCGCCCGUGUUCAGCAAAAGUAUCUACGAGGCGCGAGUGGCGGAGAAUCAGCCGGCGGGGUCGCUGGUGCUGCGGGUGCGGGCCACGGAUGCGGACGCGGGGUCCAAUGGGCGGGUCUCUUACUCCUUCGGCGACGCCUCGGACUCCGUCAGCGCUUUAUUCUCAGUCGACAGCGAGAGCGGUGAGAUCAGGACAGCAGCUUCUCUCGACUUCGAGGAGAAGAGUGAGUACAGCUUUGGCCUGGAGGCGACAGACGGCGGCGGGCUCACCGACCACUGCGAAGUGCAGAUAGACGUGACGGACGAGAACGACAAUGCCCCCGAGAUCACCAUUCUGUCACUGUCGAGCCCGGUGCCCGAGGACGCUCCGGCCGGCACCGUGGUUGCCCUGCUGAACGUGAACGACCCGGACUCCGGCGAGAACGGUGAGGUGUCGUGCGAGCUGUCGGGAGAGGCGCCGCUGUCGAUCGUGGCGUCGUCGGGCGGCUCCUACAAGGUGGUGACGGCGAGCGCGCUGGACCGCGAGCAGGCGUCCGAGCACCGCGUGACGGUGGUGGCCCGGGACCGGGGCAGCCCGGCGCUGUGGAGCAGCACGGAGCUGGUGCUGGAGUGCCGGGAGGAGGCUGCGGGCGCCGCUGUUGACCGAGAGGAGCGAGAGGAAGGUCGGAGCGCUGCAGCCCCGCCCGCUGCGGCCCGGCUCGAUCGCUGGAUCGCUGGAUUCCUGGGUCGGAAAACGGUCGGUUUCCGAACUCUCCCGCAGUGCGGAGCCGUGCUAUAG